AUGGGCACGUCAUUGUUCAGGGGCGGAUUUCCAUAUGCAUCGGCAGAAAUUGGCUCAACUCAAAACAUAUCUGAUCUUUUAGAUAGUCUCCUGGACGGAUAUGAUUAUCAUUUAAGACCAGGAGUUGGAGGGCCAGCAACUCAAGUCCUUAUUGAUAUCGAAGUCCGGAGUAUGGGGCCAGUAUCUGAAGUGGAUAUGUCUUAUUCCAUGGAUUGUUAUUUUCGGCAAAGCUGGGUAGACAGAAGACUGGCCUAUACAAGUAAAAUGCCAACUCUUGCUUUAUCGAUAUCUAUGUUGGAGAGAAUUUGGAGACCAGACACUUAUUUUUACAAUGGAAAGAAUUCAUAUCUCCACACCAUUACAACUCCAAACAAAUUUGUAAGGCUAUAUCGCGAUGGAAGAGUGCUGUAUUCUUCGAGACUGACUAUUCGAGCAAGUUGUCCCAUGAGACUGGAGAAUUUUCCCAUGGACGUGCAACGAUGUCCACUUCAAAUCGGUAGCUUUGGCUAUUCUGACAGAGAUAUUCAAUACAAGUGGAAUCCGGCAAGAAGUGUUGUUAUAGCAUCUGAUAUGAAGCUGUCUAUGUUUGAUGUCACCGAUACUCCUACUGGAAAUUUAACUGAGGAGCAGAGAAAAGGCCCGUUUUCGGUGUUGAUGGUAAGCUUUCACCUAAAGCGCCAUAUGGGAUAUUUCAUCAUUGAAGUCUAUGCUCCUUGUACUAUGCUUGUUGUGCUUUCAUGGGUAGCAUUCUGGAUUAACCGAGAAGCAACGGCCGACAGAGUUGCUCUUGGAGUCACUACUGUUUUAACCAUGACGUUUCUUGCUUUGGAGUGCCGAAACAAUCUACCCAAAGUAUCGUAUUGCACUGCUCUGGACUAUUACGUCGCUAUUAGCUUUGGUUUUAUUUUCGCGACCAUCAUCCAGUUCGCUAUUGUGCAUCAUUAUACGAAAGUAGGCAGUGGAGAGUAUUAUUUCCCACCAACACCCCCCGAAUAUUCUGGGAAUGAGGAAGAAAGAGCAAAACCACAAAAGCCAGAUGUUACUUUCAGCUCUGCCGAAACAAACAAGAUUGCAAUCUUCUGUACCGAGGAUGCUUCCCAAGCUAUCGAAGAGGCUGCAGCCACUUCAUCUGCUGCAGCUCAGGCCCAAAACUCAGAUGCAUCAACUUCUGACAAUGCAGCUGAAUCCUCGCAGUCUCAGAAUUGCCGUAUGUCCCUGAGGCAGAUUAAUGCUUCUAUGUUUGAGAGGCGAAAAUCAUAUCUUCAUCGUCGGGGAUCUAUGCCUCAUUAUCAACUAAAUAGUGUCAGCAAGGUGGACAAAGUAUCCCGUGUGGUAUUUCCACUCAUAUUUUUAUUCAUUAAUGUGAUCUAUUGGUGUACAUACCUUGUAAAAUCCGAACAAAUAAAUGUUUUUUAA